CUUCAGUUUUCUAUGCGUACAAUGUAAACAGCAAUUAUUUCCUAACCUAAAAAGUUUUAUAGUGCGGCGUGUAACCGCAGUUUGCUUAUUGUAACUAAUUUUUAUUAGGUUUCAUAAUGAGCCGUUUCUUCGCAACUGGUUCAGACUCGGAGACAGAGAGCUCGUCUGAAGAGGAGACUAUUCAGCGCCAGCCUGUGGCCGCAUUCACACUAAGUGAUGAAGAGGAAGACGUAAAGCGUGUGGUUCGAUCUGCAAAGGAGAAGCGUUAUGAGGAACUAACAAACAUAAUAAAGAACAUUAGGAACUACAAGAAAAUUAAAGACAUGAGCAGUAUGUUGACAAGUUUUGAGGACUUGAUGCGAGCGUACACCAAGGCGAUGCCUGUGAUCAUGAAGGAAGAGCACGGCCAGACACCUCGUUUCUACGUGCGAUGUCUGGUGGAGAUGGAGGACUUCAUUACGGAGGUGUGGGACGAUCGGGAGGGCAGAAAAAACAUGUCCAAGAGUAACUCCAAGUCUCUAGCUUCCUUGCGCCAGAAAUUGCGUAAAUAUAACAAAGAUUUUGAGGAAGAGUUAUUGAAGUUCAGAGAGAAUCCUGAUCUUCCAGAUGAAGAAGAGGAUGAGGAAAAUGAGAAAGAAGUUGCAGAAGAAUCAGAAGCAGAGAUUGACAAAGCUAGUGCUUUCAAGAAGGUGGUUGCAGAGACAAAUGGAAUGGACAGUAAAUAUGCAAAGAAGUUGGCUCAGAAGGAUGACAGUAGCGGGGAUGACUCAUCUGAUUGGGGCAGCUCGACAGACAGUGGUUCGGAGAGCAGUGGCGAAGAUGGCCCCUACACCAACAUGCGAGACCGUUUUCUCAAGUCCAGUUUCAGAGUAACGGACAAAGGGGAAGCAGAAAAGAAAGAACGUAGGAGUGACAAAAUCAAGCUACGAAAAGAGAGAGAUAGAAAACAUGCGCAAGAUGAAGAUGAUGAUGGUGACGAGUGGACAGUUGUCGAUCCUGGCCCAAUUGACAAGUUGGUGAUGUUUUCCAAAGAUGCAGAGAUUGAUGCCAACUUGGUUGUGAAGAAGUUGGCUGAGAUUUUGGCAGCACGAGGCAAGAAACGUACAGAUCGUCGUCAGCAGAUUGAGCUUCUUCACGAGCUCCUGGGCAUAGCUCAGUCACACAACCUGGGUCCAGCUGUCGCAUUGAAAAUUAAAUUUGCCAUUGUCUCUUCAAUUUUCGACUACAACCCUAAAGUUUCUGAUGCAAUGAAACCAGAACUGUGGGCCAAGUUGCUGACAAGCAUAGAAGACACUUUACAGUUGCUUUUGAACACACCCAACCUGACUGUCAGUGAACUCGUUCAAGAAGAUGGUGAGGUGUUUGACAAUCCUCCAUACCGUGUGCGAGGCUGCAUCCUCACCACAGUUGAGCGUCUCGACGAGGAGUUUGUCAAGUUACUGAAGGAAUGUGACCCUCACUCCAACGAAUAUGUUGACAGGUUAAAAGAUGAAACUAGAGUUUCUGCAAUUAUUGAUAAAGUCCAGGAAUAUUUGGAAAGGCAGGGAAUAACUUCAGAGUUGUGCCGCAUCUACAUGCGAAAAAUUGAACACUUGUAUUACAAAUUUGAUCCCAAUGUACUGAAACAAAAGCAAGGGGAGCUGCCAAAGGAUUUUGUUUCAAGUGUGCAAAUAAUUGAGCGCUUGUGCAAAUUUGUGUACGCAAAGGAUGCUACAGACAGGUUGCGCACACGUGCCAUACUUUCACACAUUUACCACCACGCACUACAUGAUAACUGGUUCCAAGCACGAGACCUCAUACUUAUGUCUCACCUGCAGGAGACAAUUCAACAUUCUGACCCAGCCACACAGAUUUUGUACAACCGUACAAUGGCCCAUUUGGGGCUGUGUGCUUUCCGUCAUGCCAACAUAAAGGAUGCCCACAACUGUCUUGUUGACCUCAUGAUGACUGGCAAGGUGAAAGAGCUUUUGGCACAGGGAUUGUUGCCACAGCGCCAACACGAACGCAGCAAAGAGCAGGAGAAGAUAGAGAAGCAACGACAAAUGCCAUUCCACAUGCACAUUAACCUGGAGCUGCUUGAGUGUGUGUACUUGGUGUCAGCAAUGCUCAUAGAGAUACCCUACAUGGCAGCUCACGAGUUUGAUGCCCGUCGACGUAUGAUUUCCAAAACAUUCUAUCAGCAGUUGCGAUCCAGUGAGAGGCAGUCCCUGGUUGGCCCGCCUGAGUCCAUGCGAGAGCACGUUGUGGCGGCCAGCAAAGCCAUGAGGAAUGGCAACUGGCUGGCUUGCAAGACUUUUAUCAUCAAUGAGAAAAUGAAUGCUAAGGUAUGGGACUUGUUCCACCAAGCUGACAAGGUUCGGGAGAUGCUGACUCGACUGAUUCAGGAGGAAGCCCUUCGAACCUACUUGUUCACUUACUCCCACGUGUACGACUCCAUCUCCAUGCGUACGCUUGCUGAAAUGUUUGAGCUGCAACUGUCUAUGGUGCACUCCAUCAUCAGCAAAAUGAUUAUCAAUGAAGAGCUAAUGGCUUCCCUUGACGAUCCCACACAGACUGUUGUGAUGCAUCGCAGUGAACCAACACGUUUACAAGCACUGGCUUUACAAUUGGCCGACAAGGUCAAUAACUUUGUCGACUCAAAUGAAAGGAUUUUUGAAAUGAAGCAAGGCAACUUCUUCAAUCGCAGUGGCAACCAGGGUGGUUUCCGUGACCGCCAACCAUUUGGCCGUCAAGGUCAAGACUGGAACCGUCAGCGAAGGGACAGGCCAGAAAACCGCAACUAUUGAUUUUAUUUCCAAUUUUGUAAUAUUCUCUUAUUUUUACAAGAGCAUACUACAAAGGAAAAUUCAGCUGGUUUUUGCUAAAACGUGUUUUUGUUAUCAUUUUAAGCUACAUGUGUUGGUUCGGUGACAGAUUUAGUCAGUGUAGUUUUUUAUUGUCAGAAUGAAAUUCCUCAAUUAUGUGACUAAUACUAAUGUUUCUACUUGCUGUUAUUAUGAUUAACUUGAUCGUACCGGAAUAUGAUUUAUGUAUUUUAUUACGUAACAUACCAUGACAUUUCUCAGUUGCAGCUUUCAUAAUUAGAGAAAGUCAACACCUGGAUGGACUUCCAAUUUUUUCUGUUGUCUUUCUUUUAUUUAGCACACCAGAAAAUUAUCUUUCUGCUGCUUGCUUCGUGUGUUUCGUACAAACACUAUCACCAUUAAAUUAAGUGAAGAGUAUCAAUAACUACUUCACGAAAAUUUCUUAGACAACUAGUCAUCCUCACAAGUGGGUGCAACUGGGAAUUUUGUGAUAAAAUAGUUCAAAAUAAUUUUUCAAACGAUAAUAUACGAUGCAACGAUAAUUAAAUGUAUGAACUGAAAUAUCUGCAUGACAUUUUGCCUACUUUUAAUCAUAUAAACAAUUACUUAUUAAUAUUUUUAUUUUUUAGAUUUUAAGAUAGUUUUAAACCUCUAGAUGGAAGAUCUUGCAAAUAGAAAUGCAUGGAACAUGUGGUGUUGUGGUCAUAUUUGUAUUUCUGUAGUUGCAGGCUCUUCCAUCACAGGGCUAUGUACUAUUGUGCUCUCUGUACUGUUACCGUAUUUACCUUAAAAUAAUGCAACUCUGAAUAUUAUUUGACCCGAGACUUUUUGAUUAUUAGUUUAUGAAAAAUACUAAAUGGGGUAAAAAUCACAAUUCAAACACACAGACUAAAAAUUAUUAAAUUUAUACCAUAUUUACUACAGCUUGUAUGGUGCCACUUUCGUCAGAGUUAUUUACAUGGACAGUUUUGAAACAGCAAGUGACAAUUACAAAGAAAAAAAUUUUAUAGCUGCAGUUCAUAAACCAUCUGUAAGAAAGCAAAGAAUGCUGCAAUAUAUGACAUGGCAUUCCAAAGAGUUGUCCUAUCUCAUCCGUCAUGCCUUGCCCUCCACAAGUUCAGAAAGCUGUAAACAAGAGCCGACCAAGUGGCGUAAGUGAAUCGGUUCAAAAGUUGAUAGUGUAGUUUUUUAACUAAGCAGAGGUUUAGGAUGCAGAUAUUAACAACGGUCUAAAGUGGCUUAAGUGAUGCAAUUACGAGACAGGGCGUGUGAUUUUUCAACUAAGCUGUUCCCAUCGCUGUUGAUUUGCAUCUUCAAGCCAGCCGUAAGAUACAAGUUUGCAAUUAUAAUGAAACCCACUUUUUAAGGUUCAGCAGUUUAGGUAAAAUCAUUGUAUUAUAUUUUGGUAGAUACGGUACUAUAUGAAUUAUUGGUUUUACCUCCAUGACUGUAAUAUGUUGUUACUAUUUAAAAAUAAAAAGUGGCUGUUUAUUAACUUUUUUUUUUUUUCAUUGUCAUUUGAUUGCUGUAAGCAACAAUAAACAUAAAAAAUCUCUGUCA